UAAAUAGCCCAUUAAUACCAUAAACUAUUGUUGCCGUCUGUACAUGCUUGCCAGUCCUGUCCUGGUGCAGACUGAAGAACAGAGAAAGCAUAUGUAUGUUUAGAGCGAGUCAGAGCGCUACACUAGUGUUGGUGGACGUCCGCAAAUAUUUGGCGCGAUUAUGAAUAGUUAUGUGAAAAUACAUAUGUGGAGCGAUGAAAAUACGCUAUUUUUAAUUAAACUUGUGAAGAACUCCCGAUACGUUUGGGACUCCACACAUGUCUACUAUAAACAAAAAACGAAAAGGCAGAACUUCUGGCUGGAAGCUGCCAAAAAGAUGAACAGAGAAACCGGCCUAAAAAUGGAAGUGGGUGAAGUAAAAAAGAAAUGGCAAAACAUCAGAGCGUACUACUACGCGGAGCGCAACAAAUUGAUGAAGGCUACGCGGAGUGGAACACAGGAUGGGGAAGUGCGUAGCGUUUGGAAGUACAUGGACGAGAUGAGUUUCAUGCAAGAUUGCCGGAUUCCACCGGGAUACAAUCCCGAUACGUCUGUCAGUCAGACCAGUACGACCUAUAAUGACGGUGAGGAGGAAAGCUACGACGAAGAGAAGUUCCCUAUUGAGGAGGCCGAUUGCUCGGUGCAAGAACAGUUGGAAUUUUGCGCCCCCUGGUCGCCUGACGCCUCAAAAAAGAGAAAAAGAUCCGAUUCUGAGUCGAAUGACGAAAUUCUGAAUAAACUGUCGGACUCGCACAAAAACCUCACCGACGUCCUCGCGAUGCCAACUACACCAAAUCCCCAUGCCGACUUCGGAGCAUUCGUGGGUGCCGAAUUAAAAAAAUUAGACGAAGAUUUGGGAAAGCGCUUGGAAAUUAAAAUUUUGCAAUUAAUCACCGAUUACAAAAUUAAGCAGUUGGGACGCGAUGAUGAAAUCCAAUAAAAAAAUACCUAAAAUACUA